AUGGCUCUUCCUAGCGUUGCCGCUCCGAUGUUGGAUGCCGCAAUCAUCCACGAGAAACCGACCUCGAGCGCUGCCGCCAAAGCCGCUCUCCCAACGGCUCCGACCAAGGACAGCGGCGUACGCGUCGUCGCUCCCCACGAGUACAAGGAGGCCGCUGCCUGCCUAGCCGAAGCGUUCCGCCUGGACAACAUCGUGCGCUAUGCGAUCGACACUCCCGACCGAAUGCACCUGACCGAGGAACAACGGUUCGAGAUGCACCAAUCCGCCAUGGAGUACGUCACGUACGCACACUGUCUCCAGGGACUGGUCUUGACCACGGGGAACAACUUCGACUGUGUGGCGUUGUGGUUGCCCCCGGGCAAGAAUAUCGACGACUGGCUCACCUUGCUCCGGAGCGGCAUGUGGCGACUGAGCUGGAAGCUGUCCAAGGAAGGGCGGGUCCGAUUCUUCGACGAGUUCCUGCCCCUGUUGCACCAUAGCAAGCAGGAGAUCUUGGGCGACCGCGACAACACUUCGUGGUAUCUCAAUUACAUUGGCACGAAGCCCGAGGCGCGCGGCCGCGGAUAUGCUAGGAAAUUGAUUGAAUAUGUCACCAAGAUGGCCGAUGCUGAGGGACUGCCGUGCUAUCUGGAGAGCUCCCAUGAUAUCAACAUCAUCAUCUACGGCAAGCUGGGCUUCGAGUUGCGAAAGCACAUCUACUUGCAGCGUGCUGCCGGCAAGGAGCUGAGACUGGAUGUCAUGGUGCGCGAGCCGGUGGACAAGCAGAAGGAGAAGGAUUAA